GCCCAAUUGUAAGGGUGGGACUGCGAGGUAGCGAAAGGCCACGACGGUCGACGCACGAGGUCUUCCGUCUUCGCGAAUUUAUUAGUACGGAGAAAAUUCGGCCGGGGGUUUUAGGGUUUUGUGUUCUUCAACGUUCAGACUUCAGACCUCAGUCGUUUGCUCUUUGCUUCUUCUCGCUGAACUAUACCCGAAAGGAAAACAAGUAAACCCGCAAGAUGACUGCUGAGACGCAGGAGCAGCUGCUGGCCGCCCAGCUCGAGGCUCAAAAGCUUCAAGAUCCUGAACAACCCGUAGUUGAGGAUGAUGAAGAUGAUGAUGAGGAUGAUGAUGAUGACAAUGAUGACGAUGACUUGGAAGGGCAUGGAGAUGCAAGUGGCAGAUCGAAGCAAACCAGAAGUGAAAAAAAGAGUCGUAAAGCAAUGUUGAAGCUAGGAAUGAAGCCCAUGACCGGUGUCAGUCGAGUGACUGUCAAAAAGAGCAAGAAUAUCUUGUUCGUGAUCUCGAAACCCGAUGUCUUCAAGAGCCCGACAUCAGACACAUACAUAGUAUUUGGAGAGGCUAAGAUUGAGGACAUAAGCUCACAACUCCAGACACAAGCGGCAGAGCAGUUCAAGGCUCCCGAUCCGAGUCAUGUGAUUCAGAAACCCGAGACUUCAGCCAUGGCUCAGGACGAUGAGGAGGUGGAUGAAACUGGAGUUGAGCCGAAGGACAUUGAGUUGGUGAUGACACAGGCAGGAGUAUCUAGGGCUAAUGCUGUGAAGUCUCUCAAGGCUGCAGAUGGGGACAUAGUUUCUGCCAUCAUGGAGCUUACCACCUGAUGUGCUGGAGUAUUAAGUGAUAAUAGCAGGUUCUUUAAUUAUAUUACUUAUGAUCCAUGGUGUUGCAGACUGUUCCCCCAAGGCUCGGAUAUUUUUCUGAUCUUGCUGUUCACUGUUAUUGUGGUCUCCUGUUGUAUUAGUAUUGUCUGAACUAAACCCAAGCUUUAUUAAAUUGGGCAAAGGGAUAAAAUCCAUGAUGCUCAGUACAACAAACUGAAGAGUUACCAAAAACCAUGUAUUCUCAAAAUGAAUCAAGCAUCCAAGCAACAACCAAAUCAAGAUGUGCGGAAGACCACAGAGCCUUACAUGUGGGAAACUCAAACUGAAAUGGGCGCAUCGUAAUCCCUCCCACAUCGUUACACUUUCUAUACAGUUGUUGCAAACAGACAACAGGGCACUCCAAGCUUGCAUUCAGACACUCCAGCUGAGCUGACCGGUUGUCACGGAAUAAUAUUCUGUCACACCAUGCAGUUAACAUUUGCCGGAAAUCGAAGACUACAGCGUCUAUGUACCUGCUAAACCAGCUUGUUGCUUUUCAAAUUUGUAUGUAGGAUGAAAUUUAAUGACUGCAUCAGCAUCAACAUCUCCAACACGAGACGCAAAUAUCCAAUUAGUUUUCAAAAAUCCACAUAGUGUAAACAUUACGUGGAGCUGCCUACUAUAGUGUAAACAACCAGCCCAAAAUCCAUAUUACUUUCAGAAUUGUCACCAAGGGAGCAGAUCUAGACCAUCAAGAGCCAAAAACAGCUUUCCAAAAGUAUGUUGUACUACAGUUUUGAAUACGAACAAUACAGAGACCAGCAAGCCUUCAUCCAAUAUUUUGUCUAUCAUAUCGAGCCACCACUGCCCAACGGAGCUACGUUCAAGUCCAACCUGAAAUAGGAAGAAAGUGAAGACAAUAAAGUGAAAGAAAAUGACAGGAGACGUAGAAAUAGAGCAGCACACAGACAUGGCGUCUUGAUCACGUAUGUCAUCUUGGAUGAGCGCAAGCCUCAUAACAAGAAGCAGCCUAACUGUAGUUUUAAGGCUGAAGCUUAGUAUAAUGCCGACUUUUUCAGUUCUGUUUUUCCUCUCUCGAUUUUCUCGUCCUGAGGUAUGAUUGUAGUCAUCCAAACGUCCAUGAGGCUUGUGCUGUUUUUAACCGGUUUCUUUUACAGCAGACAUUGAAAGGACCCCGGCUCCCAUUUCAACUUCUUGUAACCCAACAACAACUAUCCCAACAUCCCUAGCUGCAGAACCUAUCCAGGACACAAGCGAGUCACUGGUAGCUCUUCCUUCAGCUACAUUCCAUGUACCAGUCAAAAUUUUCAAAUUCUGUAUCCUUGUAUAUAAGAAUUCUUUUCCUGCCAAUUCUGAUCGCAGUAUACUGCCAAGAGGUCCAGGAGCCAUGACAUUCCAUCCGCGGAUGCCACCAUGACUAGCCAAAGGAAAAACGUAACCAGCACCAACAACCAUUUUAAUCACCGAACUACUGUGAGCUACCCACUCUCCAAUUAGAUUCACUUCAAGGUCCAAAACCUGGAUCACACCAGUAACAUAGCCUACCCAUAACCGUCUGUUACCCAAAUGCACAAAAGCAUUGAACAACACUAAAAUGGUACUGAAAAUCCUGUAACCGAUUUCCAUUCCCAUCCCACUACACAAUUAAGCCAUUUGUACAGCCAGUCCAGAUUAUCCCAUCUACCGUCAUCAUCAGGGCCUCGGUUCUGCGAUCAUCGGCAAAUCCACCUUUUGCAGCAACUCGACGAACAGUAUCACUUAUAGCAUUCAUAGAACGCUGGAAGAAACGAAAUGAGCUUUGUACCUUCAAGAAGUAUAUAUCAUAACAAGAAUCUACAGACCAAACCACUUUUAUAUUGAAUCAGA